UAACCACAGUGAUGAAGUUUAACAUGCUGACUUGUGCUCCACUGUGUUUGCUCUGUUUCUGGCUGCUUCCAAUCAGCUCCCAGAAGACCAGCAACCAGGCCAUCCCACUGAGCAUGGUUAAAGAUGCUGUGGAUGACAUGUACAACGGGUGCAGAGCAAAGAUGGAACAAACUGUUAAGGAUCAGUACUUUAAAAAAGAAACCAGUGGCAACAGUCAAUUUGGAAAAGCCUGGAAAGAAGCAGAGAAUUGCACAAAGAAAGCCCUAAAGAAAAAAGAAAAAAUAGAUCAGGCAUUAACUGAGGAUCACAUGAAAGCAAUCUGUGUCUAUACAGCAGAACGUCCAAAGAUUUAUGACGUAUUCAAUGAAGCUGUCAGGACAAACAGAAAAGUCUAUGGCACCUUCUUUAAAUACCACUCCUUACAUUACUGGCUGACAUCUGCUGUACAGAUCCUCAGAAACAAUCAAAACUGUUGGAAUACUUACCGUAGAACCAAUGCUGCGUUUACUGGCUCUGUCAACCGAAUAAUCCGCUUUGGUUCUUUUACCUCCAGCUCAUUAUUUGCAAACUUGACACAGUUUGGUGAUAAGACCUGCUUUAAAAUUGAGACCUGCUUAGGUGCCUACUUGAAAAACUAUUCAUACUUCAAAACUGAAGAACAAGAGGUGCUCAUCCCUCCCUAUGAGAUGUUCAAAAUUACAAAAAACAAUGAAGUUGCUGACAAGCUAGCUGACUGUAAGUCAGUCUAUUCCUUGGAGAGUGUAGGACUGCAGAGCAAUCUAAACUGCAAAGCUGCAAGAAAUUCCAAACGUUCAAGGCUGGCUGUUUGGUAGAACCAAAUGAAAACUGACAGAUACUCACAUGUACAUCAAACCAACAAAUACUUAUAAUAUCGCAAAUCCUUACAAUAUUUCCAUGAUUUCUCUGCAAACCCUAAACUUACCAAUCAGCAUUGUUUGAUUACUGCUUCCCUUUGCAUCUUUCCCAACAUGUUGAACAAUAUGAGCAACGAUUCAUAAAAGCUAUUUGUAAUCAGCCUCCAUACUGUAUGUGAAAUAUUGCUUUGAAAACAAUACAUUUGCUAAAUCAGCUUAA